AUGCAGGACCAGGUGCGGGAGCGGACAGGGGGCCUAGAGGAGAAGGACGAGAACGACAGCGCCGUGGCCUCGGCCCGGUCUCAGAGAAAGCCGGCCGGGCGCAGCCCAGCGGGCUCAACCCGACAAACUUCGCAUCACGACGUCGCGAUCUUGGAGGCCGGUGCCCCACGCCCAGCAGUCCCGAUGAUGCUGGUAUCCGAUGGGCGCAGAUACAAUGCGCCGAACCCCCAUGCAGCCGGGUCAGCCAUCAAACCAUCAACAAGCUUCGCCGGGUCCGUCCUUGACAAGCCGACCAACACCGGCAAAACAACCCUGUUGGGGGCUGCAUCGCGCACAGUAUGGCUAAGAUGGCAAGCAGGGCUCGUGGGGACUCGUGCAGUCUUUUCGGCCACUGUCGCUGCCGUAGUGUUGCGCGUCGAUAUCGCUGCGUGCAGCCGACUGAUUCAUUCACGCUCGGUUCGAGCCAACGGCAACCCAGCCAGGAAGGUCGAAAACAACAUGAUGGCGGGGCAUCGCGAGUCGAGAGGAGGUUGA